AAAUCCACGUGAUUCAGAGACCUACGUUUGGGAACACAAUGGAUCUUGCGAAGGAAGUUCAUGAGGGCCAAAAUGUAGAAUUCAACUGCUUGGUCAAAGGGAUACCACCACCAACUAUUAGAUGGAUUUUUGGAAACCAGGACAUCAGAAAUAUUAGGGAAAGGCAUAUCUUUGUUGAAAAUGGGACGCUGCUGAUACAGAACACCCAAUUUUCAGAUGCUGGUAUUUACAUUUGUGAGGCAACCAUUGAAGAACGCAAUGAAGUAGCUUUUGCAAACUUCACGCUCAAUGUUAAAUUUGCUCCUAUGAUAGAGCUCCUUACAAGGGUACCUUUGGUUAUCCAGAAUGGGAAUCCCAUCCAAGUCAACUUCACCAUACUCGCCAACCCCUCACCUUCUGUCUCCGUUGCUUGGAAGGAGAAGAUUUUUGAAGAGGAUACCAUCAAAAGGAUAGCACAGGACCAAAACAGUUAUUUGUUCCUCUUUGAGGUUAUGCCAACACCACAGGAGGAUAUUUCAGAACUUUUCAUAACUGCUGCUAAUGAAGUAGGCAUCACUAAGGAGAGCAUCCCUUUUGAAAAAGAUGGAGGUUUGGGAUGGGGCAGCAUUUUGGCAAUUGUGUUGGCAAUUCUGGUGCUCUUGUUGCUGAUAGAUGCCUUUUGUUAUUACAAGCGACGGUGUGGCUUGUUGAUGUUCUGCAAAAAGAAUAUUCUAUGCAAAAGGUCUACCACAGGAGCUGAGAACAAUGGGAAAAUCCUCUCAAAAUCAGGAAAAAGUCCUGUAGUGAACAUCUCUGGUUCAGAAGCCUGA